ACGCGUCGGUCGCGCGCGCGGUCCGCCGCGCCGAGCCAACUUACAGUACCCCGCAUCGUCAACUCACCUCUCCCCACCAUGGCACCCAAAGCGAAAGAGGCCGACGGGAAGCAGAAGACGCUCCUAAACUUCUUCACCAAAGGCGAUGCGAAGGCGAAGUCAACACCCUCGAAACCGGCGUUCAAGCCAAAGGCGCGUCAAUCAGAGGACGCGCCCACAGAAGUACCGCGUACACCCAAGUCGAAGCGGCCUUCUAUGAAGGAGCUAUCUUCGUCUGGUCCUGCGACGAGCUCGACGUCUUCUCCUCUGGGUACCAGCAGCGUUCAUGACACGCCGCCGACUAGUGAUCCGGCCGACAUCGACAUGGACGAUGAGGAGGAGGUUCAGCUGCGCGUUAGGAAAUCUAGCAAGAGCAAGCGAAAAGUGAUUGCAGACGAAUCAGACGAAGAGACGGAGGUCUCGGAGAAAGCCGCGUCCAAGCGCCCCAGGCUGUCUGAGCCACUUUCAGAGGAAGACGAAGACGAGACGGAGGCGAAGGUGUCCUUCACCAAGCGGCUGAGUCGCUUCAAGAAGUCCCCAAAGAAACGCGGCACCCGGUCAGCUGCGUCCUCAGACGACGAUGAGUUUACCCUCCCCUCUGAGCCUGAGGAUGAUGAGGCCGGACCGGAAACCUCAUCCGCGGCUUCUAGCGCUGGCGAUUUCACCGAAGACGAUGACGACGAGGAACCAGCGCCAAAGAAGAAGGCCAAGGCGAAGCCCCCUGCGCCCGCGUUGGCAUCCUCGUCGUCGGGCUCGGGCGCUGGCUUCCUCACCGCUGCCGAGCGUCGCGAGCAGGGGAAGAAGAACGACAAGAAGGCGGCUGAAGAUCCGUACUCGUUCUUGCAGGACAUCCGUGAUAAAGACGGAAAACGGCCUGGCGAGAAGGGGUACGACCCGCGAACCAUCUACAUACCCAAGAACGCGUGGAAAGAGUUUACGCCCUUCGAGAGGCAGUUCUGGGAGAUCAAACAAAAUCACUAUGAUACCGUGCUGUUCUUCCAGAAGGGGAAAUUCUAUGAGUUGUACGAGGAUGAUGCUCGAAUUGGCCACCAGGAGUUCGAUCUGAAGAUCACUUCGCGAGUUAAGAUGUCUAUGGUCGGCGUACCGGAGAUGAGCUUUGACUUCUGGGCUGCCAAAUUCUUGGGCAAGGGCUAUAAGGUCGGGCGCGUCGACCAGUCUGAGACUGCUCUGGGCGCCGAGAUGCGUCUCGCGGCCGACAAGAAGGGCAAGGCCAAGUCCAGCGAGGAUAAGGCGAAGGAUAAGAUUGUGCAGCGCGAACUGAACAAGGUCUACACGAACGGCACGCUAGUCGAUCCGGAGAUGCUCACGGACGAGCAAGCGGGGCACUGCGUCGCGAUUAUUGAGGACAAUGACCGUGGCGACCAGUCGACGUUCGGUAUUUGCGUCCUCGACUGCGCGACCUCGCAGUUCAACAUGAGCCAUUUCACCGACGAUGUCUGUCAUACGAAGCUGGAAACGAUGAUGCGGCAGCUGCGCCCAAAGGAAAUUUUGGUGAAGAAAUCGGGCCCUGGCGCACUGUCCGUGACGAGUACGCGCCUGCUGAAGAAUAUCCUGCCUUCGCAAUGCACGUGGACGAACCUGCGCGACGUCGAGGGAUUUACGUAUCCGGACACCAUCGAGGAGCUGCGCAAGCUGUACCCGGACCAGGACGAUGCGAUGGACGACGGGGGAUUGCCGGAGACGGUCCCGCAAUCUAUCCGGGACGUAGCACAUUCGCAACAGGCGAUGGAGGCGCUGGGGUCGAUGAUUUGGUACCUGCGCCAGCUGAACAUCGACAAGGAUAUCUUGAGCAUGAAGAACUUCAACGUGUACGACCCGAUGAAGCGUGGAGAGGGGCUUGUGCUGGAUGGGCAGACCCUAGCGCAUCUCGAGGUCUUGAUGAAUAAUGAGGGCACGGAUGAGGGCUCGCUGCUCAAGUUGCUCAGCAGGUGUAUUACGCCUUUCGGCAAACGCCUCUUCCGCAUCUGGCUCUGCAUGCCGCUGCGUGAGAUCUCCAGCAUCGACGAUCGUUUGGACGCCGUCGAGGAUAUCCUCAACCAUCCAUCUUUCGAGAGCCAGUUUGCCGAUGUGGCGAAGGGACUGCCGGACCUUGAGCGCAUUGUCGCGCGCAUACAUGCGAAGAGCUGCAAGAUCAAGGACUUUUUGAAGGUCUUGAGUUCGUUCAAGAAGCUCAGCAGGGGCAUGAACGCCUUGGCUGACACGGCGGCCGAGUUCGAGUCGAAGACGAUCUCUGGUCUCCUGCGAGGCGCGCCCGAUGUGGUACCUAAUAUCAAGCAAAUCGAGGAGAUGUUCGAACGGCCAGCGUCGGAGAAGGAAGCGGAAGAGCUUGUGCCGAUGGAGGGGAAGGAUGCGGUGUAUGAUGAGGUUAUUGCGGAGAUCAAAGCGCUGGAGAAGUCGCUGAAUAGGCAGCUGAAGAAGUAUGAGGAUGUGGUGGGAGGUGACUUGUCCUAUUGGCAUAGUGCGACGGGGAACAAGGAUAUCUAUCUCGUCGAGACGAAGGCCAGCCAGAAAAAUAUCCCUCGAGACUGGACGAAGCACGGCGGGACGAAAGCCAAAACCCGCUAUGUUGUCCCCGCCCUCCAGCCCGAGAUCCGCAAGCUCAAGGAGGCGCGGGAGAACCGCAAAACCGCCAUCGCGACCUUCAAGUCGCGCCUCUACGCCGAGUUCGACGUUGAUCGGCCGCUGUGGCUCAAAAUUAUCCGCGUGUUCGCCGAGCUCGACUGCCUGUUCAGCCUGGCGAAGUCGUCGGCGGCCAUAGGGGAGCCGUCGUGCCGACCGGAGUUCGUCGAGAGCGAGAGCUCCUUUAUGGACUUCCAGGAGCUGCGGCACCCGACGCUGUCGCUGCAGAAGGUGGAGGAGUUCAUCCCGAAUGAUAUCAGGCUGGGCGGGGAGGUGGGCAAGAUUGCGCUGUUGACGGGGCCGAAUAUGGCGGGGAAGAGUACGUGCAUGCGGAUGACGGCAACGGGCGUGAUCAUGGCACAGCUGGGGAUGCGGGUGCCGGCGACAAGCGCGAGGUUGACGCCGGUGGACUCGAUUCUGACGCGGAUGGGCGCAUACGAUAACAUGUUCUCGAACGCAAGUACGUUCAAGGUCGAGUUGGAUGAGUGCUGCAAGAUCCUGCGCGAUGCGACGCCGAGGUCGCUGGUCAUUCUCGACGAACUUGGUCGAGGUACUUCGACGUACGAUGGGAUGGCGAUUGCGGGCGCUGUGCUACAUGAGCUGGCGACGCAUACGCUACCGUUGACUUUCUUCGCGACGCACUACGGCACGUUGACGGACGACUUUGCGUACCAUCCGAGCAUUCGGAACAUGCACAUGUCGACGCUCGUGGACGACGAGAAGAAGGAGAUCGUCUUCCUCUUCAAGCUCGUGGAGGGCGUCGCGACCUCCUCCUUCGGCACGCACGUCGCCAACCUGGCCGGCGUGCCCAUCGAGGUCGUCAACCGCGCAGACGUCGUGUCCAAGGCCUUCGCGCAGCAGUUCCAGCAGCGGCUGCAGGACAAGAAGAGCAAGGACGUCGCCGCGCGGCUGUCGCACUAUGCGCAGGCGGAUUUCGUGUAUCUGUACAGGCUGGCGACAGGGCAGGCGGAGCUGCCGGAGGAUGGGGAGCGGAGGCGGGAGGUGCUGAGGCGGUUGAAGGCGGUGGCGAGGUCGUAUGUGAAGCAGUUGGAGCAGUAGGUGGUAAGGAAGGUGAGGGAGGGGGAGGAGAGGAGAGGAUGGAGUGGUGUGGUGGAUGGUGAUAGUGUACGAUCGUCUUGGUCUGCUUCUUGGUGCUCGCUUGCUCUGCUGCAAUGCUUUCUUGGUACAGGAUUUACCUGUUGUCUGCCGCUCGGAUAGAAUUAAUCACAUAGACUAUACUUGUUCGCUUCUGUUCCUGUUCUCCUGUUUCUAGUUAGGAAAGCCAGAGUAUGCCUUUGAGAGGAGACACCCUGGCUUAAUCCUCGCCCUCGACACUCUCAGCGUCAUGCGCUUGUGCCACUGAGUUCGGGGAAGGGGGACGAGAAGUUAACAAACCAAUAUCCUGCAGCGUCGUCUUGAGCUGUCUCCUCAUCGGUUCGAUGUUCGUUGAGGGCACCAGAGGCGGGGAGGGGAGCUGCAUGCACC